AUGGAUGAUGAUAAUGUUAACUUUGAUUAUCAAUAUGAAACUGAUUCUGAUGUGAGUAAUGAUAAUGUGACUUUGAUUAGUAAGCUUGAUCUUGGUAGUCCUUUACAUUUGCAUCCUAAUGAUUCCAGUACUUUGUCUAUUGUGUCUAUUAAACUGAAAGGAACUGAGAAUUACAAGGUGUGGAGCUGUGCAAUGAUUUUGGCUUUAGAAUCAAAAAAUAAAAUUGGAUUUAUUGAUGGUACAUGUAGGAGAUCUAAUACUGAUGAGGUUCUAGGUAGACAAUGGGAUAGAUGCAAUGCUGUUGUAAUUUCUUGGAUUUUGAAUUCUAUUGCUGAAGAAUUGUAUCUAGGUCAAAUUUUUUUUGGGAAAGCAUCUUUAAUCUGGAAAGAACUUAAAGAAGCUUACGAUAAAGUUGAUGGUUCUGUCACAUUUAAUCUUCAUCAUAAAAUUAACUCUUUGUGUCAGAAUGGUAUGCCUAUUGCUGAUUAUUAUCAUAAGUUGAAUGCAUUGUGGAAACAGUUUGAUGCUCUUAUUCAAUUGCCUAGAUGUACUUGUCAUGCUGCUGCUGAUUUCUCUAAGAAUAAUCAAUUGUUGAAACUUAUGCAGUUUUUAAUGGGUCUUGAUGAUAUAUAUAUGCAUGUUAGAAGUAACAUUUUAACUAAAGAUCCUUUGCCUGAUGUAAAAACUGCUUAUUCUUUGAUCUCUAGAGAAGAAUCUCAUAGAGGGAUUUCUUCUUCUUCUAUGUCUCAAAAAUCUCAAAAUUCUGUGUUUGCUUCUAAAUUUGUUAAUAAAGGGAAUACUGCUUCAAAUCUAUUUCAAAGAAAUAAUAAGAAUUCUGUAACUCAAUCUGGUUAUAGAAAUCAGUCUUCUGUUGUUCGUGAACACUUUGGUUUUAAUGGUCAUACUAUGGAAAAAUGUUUUAAGUUGAUUGGUUAUCCAAGUGAUUUUGGAAAGAAAAAAGGUUUUCAAAAAAAGGUUUCAAAUAAUUCUGUUGCUACACCACAAAGUAGUGAUGGAAAUGUCCAGUUUUCUGAUGAACAGCUUGCUAGGAUUGUUUCUAUGAUCAAAGAGUCUACUCAAGAAAAGAAUGUUGUUACUAAUAUGGCAGGACACCCUAAUGGUACUUAUGCAUAUAUUCAGAAAAUUGGAAAUCUUAAAUUAACUAAAACUUUAACUUUGUUUGAUGUUUUCGCUGUUCCUGAAUAUUGUGUUAGUUUACUAUCUGUUCAUAAACUUGCUAAAGAUAGUAAGAUGUCAGUUCUCUUUGAUGAUUAUAAGUGUUACAUUUUGAAUCAGGAUUUGAGUGCAAUGAAAGUUCUGGGGAUUGGUAAUCAGUGUGAUGGAUUAUAUUAUAUUUGUGAUGAAUCUGAAGGUGAACUUGUUCAUUUGGAUGUUUGGGGACCUUAUAAAGUUAUUGGCAGAGGUGGUUUUGGAUAUUUUCUUACUAUUGUUGGUGAUUAUAGCAGGGUAGUUUGGGUUUAUCUUUUGAAAUCUAAAGAUGAAGUGUUUGCUAAUGUUGUAGUUUUCUUUAAUCUAUUAAAAAAUCAGUUUGGAAAAACCAUUAAAACUUUGAGAAGUGAUAAUGGGACAGAGUUUAUUAAUAAUUCAUUUGUUCAGUUUGUUGAAACUAAUGGGAUUGUUCACCGAACUUUUGUUGCUUAUAGUCCUCAACAAAAUGGAAUUGUGGAAAGGAAACAUAGACAUCUUCUUAAUUUGGCUAGAUCUCUUAUGUUUCAGGGGGGAAUACCUCUUAGUCUUUGGCCUGAAUGUAUCUUAACUGCUACUUACUUGAUUAACAGGUUGCCAUCUUCUGUGCUUUUAGGAAAGUCUCCUUAUGAGUUAGUCUUUGGACAUGUUCCUUCUCUCUCACAUCUUAGGUCUUUUGGUUGUCUUGUUUUUGCAAAAACUUUAAAUAAUUUUGAUAACUUUUCAAGUAGGUCUAUUAAAUGUAUCAUGUUAGGUUACUCUAAUAGAAAGAAAGCUUAUAAGUUGAUGUCACUUGAUGAUAGAAAAAUAUUUUUUUCAAGAGAUGUUAAGUUUUUUGAAGAUAAAUUUCCUUUAAAAGAAAACCUUAAUAACAGUACUGAUAAUACUAUUAGUGAUAAUAGUAUUGAUCAGUUAUCAAUUUUUGAACAAAAUGAGUAUCCUAACACAUCCUAUGAUGAAGUGAGAGAGAAUGCAUAUCCUAGUAGUGAAGGCAGUGACCCUUCUCAUUCUGGCAGUGUCACUGAAGACAUUACCAAUGAGGAGGUUGUUGCAGCAACACAUGAGGAUAAUGAAAAUAAUUCUGAGGGUGAUGUAAUUGCUGAAAAUGAUAAUGAUUUUGUUGCUAAUGAAAAUGCUGAAAAUGAUAAUGAUCUUAUUGUUAAUGAUAUGAUUGAUUAA